AUGGCGUCAGUCGAGAGCUAUGUUGACCACACUGUCCAAGUCAUCCUCCAAGAUGGCCGAAUCAUCGUUGGCAAGCUCAAAGGUUCCGAUGUCUAUACCAAUUUGAUCCUCGCGGACAGCGUUGAGCGGGAGUACUCUGUCGAUCAAGGCGUCGAGAUGGUUCCACUUGGGUUAUACGUGAUCAAGGGCGAUAAUGUGGCAUUGGUUGCUGAGGUUGACGAGGAAAAAGACAGCAUAAUAAACUAUACCGAAAUCCGAGCUGAGCCUCUUGGUGAAAUACGGUAUUAG